CGGAUGGUCCAUACUGACCCAAAAUCACAUCCCAACUCCAAAUUUCGAAAGCCCUCCAUCGAUUUCUGACAUUCCAGUUGCACCAGAUUAUCCCUCCCGAAACAUUUUCAUUUUUCAGAUUUAAAUUUCUAACCACUGGACAAAAUAAUUGAAGGGGAUGAAAAAGGAAAGAUGAAAAAAAGAAGAAAAUAUACAAAUGUCAAGGAAGGGAAGAGAGAGGCCUGACUCAUAUGGUUUGGUAUUGGGCUUAUCUCUGCUUGUCUGAGCUCUCGCUCUGACAAGUUCUUUUUUUUGGGGAAACCAGAUGAUGUUUAGAAUCCAAGGAAUGGAUGCAAUUGGCGGAUCUUCUGAAUCUGGGUCUGGUGAAAUCGGUCCCCAGUUGUCGAGAAAUGGGUUUUAUCGUGAAGAGGAGAGUUGUGUUAAGCAUGUCUCUGCUCUUGGGGGCGGUGGGUCGAGGAAUACAAGCCCGCUGGGUCGAGUAGGAUCGAGGAAUACGAGCCCUUCUAGGCAAAAGGUGAUUAAGACCCCACGAGGGUUAGAUGAGGAGACUGUUACCACAUUUGGUAAGGCUGUUCAACCUGAUGUUCAAAUGGAAGAUAAUAUUUGGGCAAUGUUACCUGAGGAUUUGUUGAUUGAAAUAUUGGCUAGGGUUCCACCCUUUAUGAUAUUUAGGCUUCGUUCUGUUUGUAAACGGUGGAAUUCAAUUCUUCUAGAUAGUAGUUUUCUUAAAUUUCACUCACAAGUCCCAUCUCACGGGCCAUGUCUUCUCACAUUUUGGAAGAACUCACAGACGCUGCAAUGCUCGGUUUUUAGCUUGCCAUUGAAAACGUGUUAUAGAAUUCCAUUUACGUUUUUACCUCCAUGGGCAUUUUGGCUGGUUGGUUCUUCAGGGGGUCUUGUUUGCUUUUCAGGGCUUGAUGGAUUGACCUUCAAAACAUUAGUUUGUAACCCCCUUACACAAAGAUGGCGGACAUUACCAAGUAUGCAUCAUAAUCAGCAAAGACAGUUGAUUAUGGUUGUUGAUCGGACAGACCGAUCAUUCAAAGUAAUAGCCACCAGUGAUAUUUAUGGUGACAAGUCAUUGCCCACUGAAGUGUAUGAUUCAAAGCUUAACAGUUGGUCACUUCAUCAGAUAAUGCCUGCUGUUAACCUUUGCUCCUCAAAGAUGGCAUUUUGUGACUCUAGAUUGUAUUUGGAAACUCUUUCACCGCUUGGUCUGAUGAUGUAUCGGCUGGAUACAGGCUAUUGGGAACACAUACCGGCUAAGUUUCCGCGGUCUUUGUUGGAUGGGUAUCUGGUGGCAGGUACACAGAAGAGGCUGUUUCUGGUUGGAAGGAUCGGUCUUUAUAGCACCCUUCAAAGUAUGAGAAUUUGGGAGUUGGAUCAUGCAAAAUUUAUGUGGGUGGAGAUGAGUAGGAUGCCCCCGAAGUAUUUUCGAGCUCUUUUGCGGUUAUCGGCUGAGAGAUUUGAGUGUUUUGGGCAGGACAAUUUGAUCUGCUUUACAUCUUGGAACCAAGGGAAGGGCCUUCUUUAUGAUGUGGAUAAGAAAGUUUGGUCUUGGAUUGCUGGCUGUGCUCUUCAGUCAUAUAACAGCCAGGUUUGUUUCUAUGAGCCAAGGUUUGAUGCUUCCAUCUACUGAGCAGGGACUAUUGCUUUACAGUUUCUAAUUUAUUCAUUAUGGGGUUAUGAGGGUUGUCAUCUCCAUUUGGCAUCCUUUUUUUUCCUGUCAUUCUCUUCACUCCCCCUUGGAAACAUCUACGAGUAUAAUUGGACUAUAAGCAAUUUGUGCUGCUGAUUUGGUUAAUGUCUCAAGUUUCUCAAGCUUUGCAUUCUGGAACCAGCACCAUGGGAGCAGCAUAGAAAAUUGGUGUCAUCAGCCAGAUUUUCUAUCAUGUAACUGGUGAUGUCACCUGCUACUAAGGCUCUUUGGAGUAGAUAAAUUGAGUGCUAUUGUAGUUCAAUUAUUGGAUAAUGGUUGGGCUUAUGAAAGAAUUUUCUACAUUGUUGUUGAUGCUUUAAAGAAUUGUAAGAAGACGUUUCUUGUUUCCAAUUCAUGUACACUAGUUUAAAAUGUUUAGAACGUGCAAGUUUCCUAUGUUAAUUGUUACUUCAUUGCCUAUCUAUUUAUUGCCAUUC